ACUGAACAGGUGAAAUUUCCUACAUCCGACGGUUUAUGAAGGCACCGUGAAGGCACCGCCUCGCCUUGAGGUUGCGUCCGUAUAUUAAUUGAAAUGCCUGCAGGCCGAGAAGAGGAGGACGCUUCGAGUCCCAGCUGCUCAUCACAGCCUGUACUUCACUUCUGAACACUUUUUUUAAAUUUUUUAUAUCGGUGAAUUGUUUUUCUUUUCUAGUUUUGUGAGGAUUCCCAGCGCCAUCAUGAAUCCGCCCUGUGGAAGAUGCAAUAAACCAGUUUACCCCACAGAAAAAAUAAAUUGCCUUGAUAAGUAUUGGCACAAAGGUUGUUUCAGCUGUGAGGUGUGCAAGAUGGCGCUGAGCAUGACGACCUACAAAGGCUUUGAGAAGAAACCUUACUGCAGUAUGCAUUACCCCAAAACCUCCUUCACCAUCGUGACCGACACCCCCGAGAACCUGCGUCUCAAACAGCAGACCAUGCUCAACAGCCAGGCUCUCUACAAGGAGGACUUUGAGAAGAGCAAGGGGAAAGGGUUCAGCGUGGUGGCCGACACUCCGGAGAUGCAGAGACUGAAGAAGACACAAGACCAGAUCAGUAACAUAAAAUACCACGAAGAAUUUGAGAAGAGCAGGAUCCGAAGUGAUGCACCUCCUCCUGAGAACAGACAGGAUGAGGAGCAGCCGUCCAACCCUGAGAGGUUCAGUCAGCCGGCGGUACAGCCGCGUCCUGCUGCUGUAGCUCCUCCUAGUGGAGUGAAACGUUACCAGGCGAUCUACAGCUACACGGCAGCAGAAGCAGACGAGGUGUCUCUGCAGGAGGGCGACCUGCUGCUGGACGUGGAGCCCAUCGACGAAGGCUGGAUGUUCGGCUGCAACCAGCGCACGGGGCAGCGAGGCAUGCUGCCCGCCAACUACGUCAGACCCGUCUGAGACACGAGGAGGUUCACCUGUGAACCUGCCGUCACCACCAACAAUCAGGCAUAAAAAUACAAACACUCCCCCCACUGAUACCGACAUGAGGUUAGUCAGAGAGAAGUUUCACUUUAGGGAAGAACAGAUACUGAAGGUGGAAGUCUAACAAAAUAAAGGAAGUGAGAGGAAAGGAGAGGAUUCAAUUCACAAAAAAGGAAGAAGUUAUUUUAAAUUAACCAGUUUAAAUAAACCAAAUCUCUCAGGUAACAUUUACCUUUUUAUGUCCCUCUGCAGAAACUGAUGCAUGCAAGUGUCAAAGUUAUUUUCUAAAAGUCUUAUAACAAAUGUUUGAAAAUCAUCAUUUAAGCUGACUUGAUUAAAAGUGGAAUAUUUAA